AUGGACGCUGCCCGCUCCCGGCGUGGCCCGCGGUCGCUCGGGCGCCGCCCCGCCCCAGGAGUGACGGAAGGCCGCGCGGGAGCUCUUGCCCUCCGGCCCUCACAGCGCUCGGAGUCUCGGCGCCGCGCCCCCAGGGCGCGUCUGGGCGGCCAUGCCCUUCAGUUCACGCGUUUGCAGGCCGCCGCGCCCGCCCCCGGCCUGGAGGCAGAGGCCGCGGGCUGGGGAGGGGAUGGCCCCGGGCGCGCGGUGUUUGGAGGCGGGCGGCGGCCUCGGGGCCGCGUGGUUGGCCCUUGCCAGGCCGCGGUGUCGGCUCCCCGAGACCGGCUUCCACGCGGGGCACUAAGCUAA